AUGGCACCAAACGAGGACUGGGACAAGUACAAAGCGCCUGUUGAGGAGGAUCAGAAGGAAGAAAAACCCAAUGUUCCUCUCACGGAAGGAGAUAUCCAGGUUUUGAAGACUUAUGGUGCGGCUCCAUAUGCGGACAAACUAAAGGCUACUGAAAAGGAUCUCAAGGACAUUGAAGCCAGAAUCAAAGAAAAGGCCGGUGUAAAGGAAAGUGACACGGGUCUUGCACCAUCACACUUGUGGGAUAUCAUGGGUGACAGACAGAGGCUGAGCGAGGAGCAUCCUUUGCAGGUGGCAAGGUGCACAAAGAUCAUAAAACCAGAGGCAUCUGAGGAAAACGCAGCAGGCGAGGACGACGAAGAAGACUCGAAAUACAUCAUCAACCUCAAGCAGAUCGCCAAAUUCGUAGUGGGGCUUGGCGAGCGUGUCUCGCCCACCGAUAUCGAGGAAGGCAUGCGUGUAGGUGUCGACCGGUCCAAAUAUCACAUCGAACUACCUCUGCCCCCUCGUAUCGACCCCUCCGUCACCAUGAUGACUGUGGAGGAAAAACCAGACGUUACCUACAGCGAUGUGGGAGGCUGCAAAGAACAGAUUGAUAAACUACGUGAAGUUGUAGAGCUACCGCUUUUAUCGCCCGAAAGAUUCGCCACAUUGGGUAUCGAUCCACCUAAAGGUAUUCUACUUUAUGGUCCCCCGGGUACAGGUAAAACGCUUUGCGCGCGUGCCGUUGCCAACAGAACAGACGCUACGUUUAUCAGAGUCAUAGGAUCAGAACUGGUACAAAAAUAUGUUGGUGAAGGUGCACGUAUGGUGAGAGAGCUCUUCGAAAUGGCCAGAACCAGAAAGGCAUGCAUCAUAUUUUUCGACGAAAUCGACGCUAUAGGUGGGGCGCGUUUUGACGAUGGCGCCGGUGGUGACAAUGAAGUGCAAAGAACUAUGUUGGAGCUAAUUACACAAUUAGACGGUUUCGACCCUCGUGGUAACAUCAAAGUAAUGUUCGCCACAAAUAGACCCAACACGCUAGAUCCAGCUCUGCUCAGACCCGGUAGAAUCGAUCGUAAAGUGGAGUUUUCUUUACCAGACCUUGAAGGUCGUGCCAAUAUUUUCAGAAUUCAUUCCAAAUCCAUGAGCGUUGAGCGUGGUAUUAGAUGGGAGUUGAUUUCAAGGCUUUGUCCAAAUUCCACGGGUGCAGAGCUGAGGUCUGUAUGUACAGAGGCGGGCAUGUUUGCGAUCAGGGCAAGGAGAAAGGUAGCCACAGAAAAGGACUUCUUACAAGCAGUUGAAAAAGUCAUUAACGGUUACAAGAAGUUCAGUUCCACCUCUCGCUACAUGCAAUAUAAUUGA